AACAUUAAAGAAGAAUAACAUUUGUUGUUGUUUUGGCGUCGAAGUCGCAUGCAUGCCGUUGAGCUGCGCGUCAAAGGAAAAUUAAAUACAUAAACUAUUUCGAAAAAAAAAGCAAAACAACAGCUGAAUGCAGCAUACGUAUACAUUUUUUGUGCGUUUUAAAAGAAAAAAGAGCUAGAAAUAGCAAACUGUAAAUACACAUCUAAUAAAAAUAAGUUUCUUUUUUUGAUUAAAAACUGCGAGAAAAUAAAUGCAAAAUAUAUGUAUUCCUGUUUAUGUAUAUAUAUUGAUCGCUUGUGAGAUUGGCAAAGCCCAUCGCGUCCGACGAUAAACACAAAAAUAGCAAUAUUCAAUCAAAAGAACAGCAGCGCGUGUGUAUUUUGGCUCAGACAGGAAGAGAUCAUUCGCCAAAAAGAGCAAACGACAUAAGUAUGUAUGUGCAUAUUUAUGUGUGUGUAAACACAUAAGUAAAUGUGAAUAAAAAGAAAAGUGCAAAGCGAAAGUUCAAUUGUGUAAAAUCUUGAGUGCGUCAACCGUUUGUUUAGCUUGCGUAUUUGUUUGUGUUCGUGCGUCUGGGGCAGUGCGCGUGUUAGACAAAUAUAACGGCAGUUGCAACGGGUCGUCGCCGUCGUCACUGCUUUCUAUCCGCGAUUCACAUGUACAGCAAAAAUAACAACAGCGACAACAACGAGAAGAACAAGAGCUACAAAACUAAAGGCAAACGGAAAAGCAAAAGGCAGAGCAAUUGUGUUCAAGUGAAUUGCAAUAAUUUGUGUCGGCUGACCAGAUGUGUUUAAUAAAUGAUUGCGAUUGCGCCAGUUGUAUAUUAUUAUGGCCUUGUUGAAUAAACUGUUCUUUCCGUCGGUACCAACACCACCAACCGUAGCAGCAGCACCACCCACGCAAGCGACGCCAACGGCAGCCCAAUUCGUUGCAAACCAAACAACCCCAACAACAGCGCAGCCGACGCUAAAUUAUGGCCAAACAACAGUAGCGGAGGCGGCAUCACGUACUCACGCCUCAGCCGGCAACAAUAGUUCGGCGUCCGCAAAAGCUACGCAAACAUCCAGAAAUUAUCUAAGCCAAUUCCCCUUCGAUGCCAGCCAGGUGCGCGUGCUGCUGUACAGAGAGGACGACAGCCAUGGCAGACGUCUGCUGUUCGACUCGCAUGCACUGCAGAAGGUGACGCUAAAGGAUUCAACCAACAGCAGCAGCCGUAGCGGCGGUAAAUUCCUCAAGAAUGACAAAUUCACAUCGCUGCAGAAUGGCAAGAUCCAGGCCAAAGCACAUUCCAGCAAUAGCAACGGCAGUAAUUUGAUCGAAGUAUGUCCCGAAUAUGGGUACAAGCACAAUCGUCCAACGGGUGCGGAUAUUACGCCCAUUGGCGAGAUGGUCUUUGGCUCGCUGGCCAUGUCCUUUUGUGGCACAGCGCUCAAGGUGCACUGGCUGCCGCAGCCAGCUAGGAUACUCUGCUCCCAGGUGUAUCUGACGCCCUCGGCGAAUGGUGUGGCGGGCGGUGCCGGAGCAGGGGGUCAAUCACCCUAUUCCACGGUCUCCAUGAACAGCCUAACGCCUCGCAGCUCCAUUUGCAGCGAGCAUGGCUCCAUGGACGGUCUGUCUAUGAACUCCUUCUCCAUGCCGUUCAGCGUUAGUGUGGGCAGGCAUAUGAGUCUGACCCCACCGCUGGACGUGCCCGCACCCGAUCAGCAAUCACUGUCCAUUGCGGACAGCGGACCGCGCUUCUCCUCCACCUACAGCAAUGCCACCGAUUCGGGUUACUCGGCCAGUGCCAGUGGCAGUGGCACAGGCGGCGCCUAUUCCAGUGGAGACCAAUGGUCGUAUCAGUAUUCCACGCGCAGCAGCUUUGGCAGCGUACUCUCCGAUCAAUCGGAUGCGAUGCGCAAGCUCAGCCUCGACGACUGGGCCAUCUAUGCCAGUUCGCCCCAUCUGGAUGAGUUUGCCAGCGACGGCUGCUUGCAGCGCCGAAUCUCGCGCAAUUUGCGCACCUCCUUCGAGUACGAGCAUUCCAAAAACGACUUCAUCGGCUUCUUCAGCGACAACUAUGCUGCGAUCACAGGCCAGGCAAAUGGAAGCAAUUCGGCUGGAGCGGCCAAUGCCACCGGCGGCAGUGAAGGCAGCGGCAUGGCUCCACCUCAGUACAGGCGGGCGAGCUACUGUGCGAAUGAGUCGCGCAGCAACCCAGAGAUGGGUCGGCGGCAGGCGAAUCUGAAACGGAGACCAAGGCUCGGUCUGGCUGUGUGCAUUACCAUGAGCGAAUCCUUCGAGGAGGAAAUGGAACUGUUCUGCAGCGAACAUAUUGCUCUGCUGGAGUCGAUGCUGAGUCGUCUGAGGGCAAGUACGGAGCACGCCUACAUCAAUCACAAGAACUUUCUGCAGAUCAUGUUCCAGGCCUGGCAGGACACGCAGCAGUGGUUCAGCGAUCUGUUUACUGCGCCCCGUAUUAAGACGCCCGUUUGGCUGAGCAUUACGACCAGCGGCAGCAAAUACUCCAAGACUGUGGCAGAGCGAUUCAUCAAGGAGCUGUGCGAUCUGCUCUCCUUUGCCGACACCAAGGACUCCAAUUUCUUCAUCAGCACCAUGUUGACGGGCAUACUCACCUACCAUCUGGGCUGGGUGGCUACCGUAUCCGCGUUCAACAGCUCCAGCUCGCGUCGCUCCAGUGCUUCUGCCUCUGCGGCGGCGAUUGAGCAAAGGGCUAAACUAUUGCAGGUCUCGCAGAAGCAUCCGUAUAAUGCGCUAUGGGCGCAGCUGGGUGAUCUGUAUGGUGCCAUCGGUAUGCCACCCAAGCUGGCGCGCACCAUUAUUUAUGGCUCGGAAAAGAUGUGGGUGGAGAAGCUGCUCAAUGUGCUCACAUAUUUCAUACGCUGCAGCGAGGUGCGACGUGCAGCCAAACGAGAGGACUUCAACAAGCAGCUCAUCAAUGAGCUGGUCAUUAGCCAGAGCAAUCAGGAGCGGUACAGGAGUCCGCCCACAAUGCGAAGCCGCGCAGCUGGAGCUGGUCCUGGCCUUACUCGGACAAGCACCUGCAAACAGAAUCUGAAUGCGAUUGUGGACGAUGCUGAUUUGGAGCAACAGCAGCUGAACGAACUGAACAGCGGCGAAGAUGAGGAGUUGGAUGACUUGCUGGAGCCGGAUGCCAAGUUUAUCGGCACUUCGAAGAAGAAUGAGAUUCCCAAUGUGCUGGCAUUUCGCGAUUCGCAUUUUGUGCAGCAGGAGCUGCGCAUUGGCAACUACCUCAUGGACACGGGAAUCGAAAAGAAGACCCUGCUCGCACGCCAGGCUCAACAAUAUCUGCGCACAGACAAGGAUGGACGCAUACGGUUAACUGUAACGACGCCGGAGAAUGUGGAGCUGUGCAUGGAGGAGGACUCGAAUGCCGGCUCUGUUGGCACCGGCGGCAGCAUUGAUGAUGGCGCCAUCGAAGCUCUGGAGUUCGAUGAGAGCCGAACGGCCACAACAACAGCAGUAGAAACGGAACAGAAUUCUGUGUUGCCCAGCAAGAAGAACUUCUUCUGGAACAUUGUACCCACUGCAGGAGUUAAAGAGGGGCUCAGUCUUAACGAUAUGGUGCAGCAGGGUGUGAAGAUCAUAAAUCGCAAGCUCGAGCGCCGCUGCAGUAGUUAUUCCGUGGAGACUGACACCUCGCCCGUUGGCAAUGAUCUGCAAGAGCAACUUAGCCAGGAUCGACGUGUCUCACAUUUGUCGCUCUCGUAUCUAAUCACACAGAAUAGCAUGGGCAAGAGCGAUCGCAUGACGUGGGGCAUUGAGCCCAUCAAGGAGAAUGUCAGUCUCGAAGAGCAAAUCCACUUUGAUCUCUCUCAGAAACUCAUUGAACGGGACCACGGCAUUUGCCGCCAGACCUCAACGGACAACGGCAAUGGCGUUGUGUUUGUCUUAGGUGACAAUGAGCCGCUGAUCAAUCUAAAGAAGAGCAACGAGGAUCUCACAGACGAUGCCAAGCCAGCAAUGCUGUGCGCCCUGCAUCAGCACACACAUAACGCCUCUAUGGCCAACAAAAAGAACUCAGGCAUACAGUUUAAUUUCGCGAAGUAUCCGCAGAUUGCAACCAACUACAUGAAGAGCAAGAAUCUGCUCAUGUCCAACUAUGAUCUACUCAUGGAUAAGGCCAGCAAGCUGGAGGCCAAUGAGUCAUUGAAGUCCAGCGACAGCAGCGUAACCCUCCAACAGCAGCAAGAGCAACAACUACAGAAACAGCAGCAGCAACAUCAAGCGGAACUGGCAGCCAGCAGCAGCUCAACGAUUUCGGCCACAGCUGUGGGCAGCGAUCGUUGCAUAUUGUGCAACAGCGGUGGCACAUACCAAACGCCCUCCAAUGCCACCGAGCUGGAGUUUGAAACGGAUGAGGUGCAUUGCUAUAACGAGAGCAGCAAUAACAGCUCCAGCGCUCUGCAGCCGGUCAACUCGGCUGCCUCGAUAGAUACGCUAAAAUCUAUGCCCGAGCCGCCAACUACGCCCAGCUAUACGAGACGUGCGCCACCCAAACGUGUGCCCUCCCAGCGCAGUUCCGUCUCCUCGGUGGCUGCCAAGUGUGCUGCUGUUAAUGAAUCCCAGCAGAUGCUGAAGCUGCCAGUACCUGGCAUCAAGGAGCUGCCCCAGGAGGAUGAGCCACCAGGCGAUAAGUUACGUGCCGGUUUCAUUCCAUCGCUUAUGCUGAGCGUAAGCGAUCACUACGUCUCCGAUAUGGUGCUGCAGGGCACCUGUGCUGCGCCCUAUAAGUGGGAAAUGAAUCUACGUGAGGAUCUGGCGCUGGCCGCACGUUCCGCCUCACUAAUCUCACAGCCAGCGGAGAACAUAGCCAUUGUAGCGGACAUGGACAAGUGGGAUGUGCGCCUAAUCUCCUCACAGGCGCAGCAGUUUCCUUACGCCGGCGGCCAAAGCUCCCCGGUGGGCAUGUCCCAACUGGUUUCGAGUAUGCUAGAAGCUGUACAGGCUAUGCACGUGGGCGGCAUACCCGCUUAUGAGUGUCUGUCCUUUUUGGAGUCCAAGCUGCAGGAGAUCUAUAUGCAAUCUGAAACUCUAGCCGCCUUUCUGCUGGAAACAGAUCCCUGCCGGUUGGGGGACAUAACAACGCCGCUGCAGCUCUCGGAGAACGAUGUACCGCUGCUGCUCUCCAUUGCCUACAUACACACGCCGAAGAUCAGCCGUAAAUGCGGCAUCAGCUUCAGAUGACAAACCCGUCGAAGCCAGACCAAUCAUUGCCAACACAUAUUUAAUAUAACAAGCACACAUCAUCAUACAACGUCAUCUCACGCAUCAUCCAAAGCGAAACAAGCAAAUACUCCAGCGAAUUUUUAUUUCACUGACUUUGUGAUAUAUAUUUAUAUGAAUAAUAUAGCGUAUAGUGAAAGCAGGCUAAAUUUAGGUAGGACUUUAGUUAAGGCAGCUUAACAUAACAAACAAACAAACAAUGAAACACUCAUAUAAUAUAGAAACACUCAUGCACCGUUCAUCGAUCAUCGCAUAAGCACAUUUAAUAACUAUUAUAACUAUAUAUACCAUACAACGUUUUAAUUUAGGGAGCCCACUCAUCGCAGUCACAUUAAGAAGUAUUGUAAAUUAUUUGAUCUAGAUUUAGUUAGCGUGAUUAUAUGUUCACGAUUUAGCAGCACUCCAGUCUGUUAUCGAUCGAUCGAUCGAUAGACCGGGCGAACGACCGACAGAUAGACAGACGGACCGACCACUGUAUCAUGUGCUCGAGCAACGUGUAGUGUUUGUAUUAGGUUUAAUAAUUUAUGACAGCAAUAAUCUAUUAAUCGAUUUAAUUAUAUUAUACAACCAUACAAUAUACGUAUAAAUAAGUUUAUACUGAAAUUAAAUAUGGGGACAUCGGUUAGCAUUCGGGAAUUAACUAUAAACACACGUGUAUACGUAAGCAAUGAAUAAGUUUAUAUAAAU